UUGUUUUGCCGAACAUUCCAGCGUGCUGGUGGUGCGAUCCAAAGUCCAUCGCGCCGCUCCUGCGUUGAUCAGCUGUUGUUCGUGGAUUCAACUAAAGCGAGGAGUGCGAUAUAUAGCAGUCGUUUACUGUACGGUGUGCAGAGGUGGAUCCACUGUGAAGCUGUUAAAUACGAAAACAUGAUUUUGAGAGCGUUUGGAAUUUCACUGUUAUUUGUGAUUUUCUUGUGCGGUUGGGGACACGCUAAAUUGGCCCCCGACUUUAUACACCCGUGCAAUGCCACAACCAGAGAAUGUCUUAUAAAAUCUACCCAGGAUGCUAUACCAGAAUUCGUCAAAGGCAUCCCAAGUCUUAAUUUAGAAUCACUGGAUCCAUUUGUUAUCGAGAAGCUGUCGAUACCUCUCAACGGCCUGAAAGUCACGUUUUAUAAAGGAAAAGUUACCGGCUUUAGAAACUGUAUUGUAGAUGAUGUUGUGUCAGAGUUAGAAAAACGACACUUCGUGUUAGAAUUCCACUGCAACCUGACAAUAAAGGGACAAUAUGACGCCGUAGGAAAAAUUCUACUAUUUCCAAUUAACGGCGAAGGGGACGCCAAAGUAAAAUUAGUAAAUCUUCGAAUGAAGGUCGAUAUUAACACAAAAUAUAUUAAAGAUGAAAACAACUUAAACCACUUUGCACUUAAAAAUUACAAAUACACAUUCGACUACGGCGAUCGAGUCUACUUUGAUUUGAAAAAUUUGUUCAAGGAAAGCAAAGAAUUAAGUCAAACGGUACUUAAUUUUUUGAAUGAGAAUUGGAAAACAGUUGCAGAAGAAUUUGGUAAACCCAUUGUUGACUACGCUGUCGAUUUAGCAAUAAGAACUAUAGAGAAGUUCUUCCUCGCUGUUCCAUACGAAGAGCUAAUAAACGUUCCUAUACCAAAAUUUUAA